CUCUAAAUAUAAAUGUAUGUUGAUAAUCUGAACCAUAUAGUCCAGUGUUGCACAAAAUCCGCCAACAGUCAGUUGCAAAGUGUAGGAUUGUUGACAUAAACAAUGAAGCCAGUUGUACUGUUUUUAACAGUACUGGGAUGCGUAGUAGCUACCCCAAAUGGCUAUUACCACCAAGAAUAUAAUUACAAAACAUCUGCCUCUUCCUACAAAAAUAACGAACUUCAACAUAAAACCGAUGACCAGGGAUAUUACAUGAGAGAUGGUGACCUGGCAGGAAAAGUUAGGCCUCGAGUGGACGCAAACAGCGAGCAUUCGGAAUAUGUUAAUCCCAAUUUGAGAAAUAACGAAUACAACACGGAAUUAAUUGGUGGCGCCAAUAGGGAUUUGUCAUCAUACGGGCAUAUGAGAGCUAAUGUUGAUUCUUAUGGAUCUCAUGAUUUAUCAUCGGAGGGGCUGGCGCAAGCUGAUCGCAUAGUGGGAACAAAAUCUGGGGCACAUUCGGGUUACUCAUCAGGCUCUUAUGGAACCAACAGCUAUGGAAGUCAAUCUUAUGCCACGACCUCAAAUCUUCGCUCCAUAACUUCUCACAUUCAGCAAGAAUUAGAACGUGAAUUGCAACAUGCCAUUCAAGAGCAAAGAGCGUAUUCUCAAUCUGGUGUUGGCGUUACCGAACUAGAAAGAGAAUUAAGACAGAACUUGACAAACAGACUUAACACUGAACUUUCGAACAGGUAUGGACAGCAAAGUGUCCGAGGAGGUUUGUCCUACACGAUAGCAGGUGGCAGAUUACAAUCAACAGCCAAUUAUGAUAACCAAGAAUUGCAAGACCUCAGAACACAAUUAGAAAGCAAUUUAUUAAAUCAGUUAAGGUCUCAAUAUUACCAAACUAGUUCUCAUUACGAAACUCACCAAUCGGGUCACAACAAUUAUGGUUAUUCAACCACAGUAAGACCUGUUUAUUAUCAACAGCCAUACAGAUCUGCUACAACAGUUAGACCUACUAAUCCAGUUGUUUAUGUACCAAGUAGUCAAAUAAGAUAUACUCCUGUUUCAAACCCCGAAAGCAUAACGACUAUAGCCUCCAGAGUACAAAAUCAACUAGAUUCACGUUUAAAUGAGUUACUUGAAGAUUUACAGAGAAGAUACUUCUCAUCGAGUUCCUCUUAUUCCCUAUCAACUGCAAACGUAGUUUUAGAAAACUUAAGGAAUGAGUUACGGAAUAAUAUUACAUACUUGCUAAAUGAAAAUGUGAAAUCGAAUUAUGGAAAUCAAAUACCAAGAGAUGGGCAUAUGUACUCUCUUGGGCCAAGUGGGCAAAGAUCUACUGAAUACAAUUAUGCUAGUAAGGAUUUGGAGAACCUGAGAUCACAAAUAGAGCGGAAUUUAAUAGAAAAAUUGAACCGUGACUUUGAGACUUACAGAAGCAGAUGGUAUCAACAGUCGUCACAUAGCCAAUCAAGUCAGAGCUCUAGUAAUAUAAAAUAUGGUGGUUACAGUACCCCUCGAUAUGAUGUCUAUGUUACCCCACAAUAUAACCCAUAUGAUUCUGAUGUAGAGCAUUUCUCAACCAGACCUUCAGCUACUCAUAUAGUGCCAUUAAUCAGUAGUGGUGGCAGUAGUAGCAGUAACAGACAACAUAAUCUUCUAGCAGGAAGCAGUCAGUCUGGUUAUGAAAUUAGUAGCGGUAGUGGAGGUAGCAGUAUAUCAGAAUUACAAAGGCGACUUCAACAAGACUUGUCAAGACAAUUACAAGCAGCUAUAAGCAGAGGACAUUAUGGAUCCUAUUCAUCCUCAGGUUCUUACAAUGCUCCAACUUACCAAUCAUCACUUCAGGAACUCUCAAAUGAAUUAAACAGAAAUCUGACGAAACAAUUACAUGAAUAUAGCGCAAGCGGGUACUAUUCGUCUUAUGGUAACUUUGAUCAAGCUCAAUUGGCUAAUCUAAGAAAUCAGUUACAAACAGAUCUAAUGAGACAACUUCAACAAGGACUACAACAGUCUUUCCAGGCAUCAAGUUCAUUCAGUGCAAGUAGUUCUAGUAACAGCAAUGCAAAUUACAGACCUACUCGAGGUUUUGAUAAUUAUCAGUUAGGCCAAUACCGAUCUGGAGGCAAUCUUCUUACCAUGGACGGGGCAGACUGUGUAGGUGAUGAUCCCAAUGCUUACAAUAACCAUAGAAUGAAAAGGAGUUACCCACCAUACAGAAGUCGACCAAUCGGAUUAAGCUACAGUGGUAACAGUGGCUAUACUUCCAAUUAUGGUUACACUGGCAGCUACGGUCAGCAACAAGAAUUAGGACAACAGGUAGAUGAAUCUGAUUUAACUCAACAAGUCGAAGAUGUGAGUUUGGAAAAAUUACAACAGGGUUCUUUAACUCAACAACAAGUCAAUCUAGGACAAGAUGAUGAUUCUCAAUUGACACAACAGGUUGAGGAUUCUGGCAUUGGAAAACUACAGCUGGGCUCUCAAAAUCAACAGCAAGUUAAUCUUGGUCAGCAAACUGAUGAUUCAGAUUUAACACAACAAGUUGAAGAUGAUCGCUUUGGAAAACUACAAUUAGGAUCUCAAAAUCAAAUUGGUUAUGGUCAGCGAGUUGAUGAUUCGGAAUUGACACAGCAAAUUGAAACUGAAAACUUAGGGCACCUGCAAUUAGGUUCUCAAAAUCAGCAGCAAGUUGGUUUAGGUCAGCAAGUUGAUGAUUCAGAAUUGACACAGCAAGUUGAAUAUCAAAACUUGGAACAGCUACAACUAGGUUCUCAAAAUCAGCAACAAACUGGUUAUGGUCAACAAGUUGAUGACUCAGAGUUGACGCAACAGGUUGAAAAUGAAAAUUUUGGACAGUUGCAACUGAGUUCUCAAAAUCAACAUCAACUUGGCUAUGGCCAACAACUUCCAAAUUCAAACUCUGGAAAGUUGCAACUUGGUUCUCAAAUUCAACCAGGUUAUACUCGACAAAUUGAUGAUUCGGGUUUGACACAAGAAGUAGAAGACUUUGGAAAAUUACAACUAGGUUCUCAAAAUCAACAAGUUGAUAAUUUAGAUUUGACACAACAAGUCGAAGACAAAAACUUAGGAAAGUUACAAUUAGGUGCUCAGAAUCAGCAACAAAUUGAUCAAAUCCAAGAUUUAGAUUUGACGCAACAAGUAGAAGAUUCAAACAUUGAUAAAUUACAAGUAGGACCACAGCUGCAGCAACAAGUUGAUCUAGCUCAAGAUGAACAAUCUGGUUUAACACAACAAGUUGAAAAUUUGGGCUUAGGCAAGUUAAAACUUGGUUCCCAAAGACAGCAGCAAAUUCAGCUAGACCAACAAGUUGAUAAUUCUGAUUUAACUCAGCAAGUCGAAGAUUCUCACGAACUACAACAAAGGGAAGAUAUUAGUGAUUCAGAUUUAACUCAAGAGGUGGAAGAAGUAAAUUUUGGAGGAGAAAGGGGAGUUGGUAACUCUGACUUAAUUGAACCUGUGGGAGGUAGUGGAAAUGGUAAAUUACAAGUAAAUUCUCAGAAUCAACAACAGAUGCAAUAUGGAACAACAGAAAAUCAUAAUUUCAACCACGGGGAUAUAAAUGUAGGUCAACAAGAAGAUAAUGCCGACUUGACCCAACAACAAGAAGAUCGUUUCACUGGUAACAUUCAAUCAGGAUCUUCACUACACCCUCAGCAGAUUGAGCAAAUUAAUCUUGGUCAUCAUCAAGUCAAUGAAAACAGACUAAAUGGUUAUAACCAGAAUCAGAGGCAAGCGGCUUUAGAAUUGCAGAAAGAAUUGUCCAGACAACUGAAAGAUGCAGUAAGAAAUUAUUAUACUACUUCCUAUUCCCGUUUGAGUAAUUAUCAGUCUACAUACCAAGACUUGGUUAGAGAAUUGGAAAGAAAUCUCACAAAACAACUUCAAGCUGUAGGACCAAGUAGUGGCAGCACCAGAUACACUUACUCCUUUGUUUUUAGUGGACCACAGAAAGAUUUAUUAAAGCAACAAUUAGAAAAUGAAUUAAAAUUACAACUUCAACGUGAAAUAUCAAUUGCUUCUGGUUAUCCAAAUUUAAAUCAACAACAAACUUAUCAAGAACUAUCUAAUAAUGAAUUAAAUCAAAAUAUCGAUAGCCAGAGCCAAACACAACAAAAUAUUAAUUCUGAUUUAACACAGCAGCAACAAAACGGUUUUGAUAAUGUGGAGGCGCUUGGAGGUCAAACACGAAGCAGAGACCAACAAUUUGGUGAUUUAACUCAAGAAAUCGGAUAUGAUCAAGUUAAUCAACAACAAAGUGGAUUUAGGCAAGGACAGCCUUUCAGUAAUGAUCGUGGACGACUACAGUUAGGAACGCAACAAAUUGAACAAUCGCUAAAUAAUCAAAAUGACCUUACUCAACAGGUUGAUACCAAUCAUCUUGGAAAUUUACAAGCAACGGGUCAAGAACAAAGUGGAAUCCAGUCACCUGGACAAUAUCAUAAUCCACUGUUAUCGACACAGUUUAGUUCAUCAGGCAGAUUACAAUUUGGAAGAAGACCUAUAUAUCAAAAACCAAUAGAUAAUACUAAUUUCAUCAAUACCGAAAUUACCCAACAGCAACAAUUGUACCCAAAUCAGAAUCUCGUCAAUCAACAGAAUAAUAAUAAUAAUUACAAGCCAAACAAUUUGCCAACCUUAAAUCAAGUCAUUACACAACAAGAUAAUGAGGAGGCUAAUACAGAUUAUCCACUGGCUCCUGCAAGUAACUUAAAUCAACAAGAAGAUACUGAAUUAAUAGAUAACCAACAACAAAAACAAGAGAACAUCGAUUUAUCUUUGCAAAAUCAGAAUUCUGCAAACCAUAUUUCUGAACAUAUUCUAACAGGAUCUGAACAGGACUCAGUUGGUCAAUCUACAUUAGGACAAGGAUUUGCUUUAAAUAAACCACCUUCUUAUGCUCAGAUAUUAAGACAAGGAAAUCGUGGAUAUGCUGGUUCAGGAACUUUACAAACUGACCAACAAACUAACUCCUUCAAUCAAAAUCAAGAUUCUUUCCAAGUAUACUUAAACAAUCAACAAGUUGAAUUAGCAUAUCAAUUAGAGAAUGAAUUAGGUAAACAACUGCAAGAUACUAUUUCACAAAAUAAUUACGCAAUAAGCCAGUCUACUCUCACAAGUGAAAUACCUGAGCAAAUUUUAAGAGAAUUAAAUAGAAACAUUACAAAACAAAUUGAACAAAUAUUUAAUGGAGAUGGUUAUACCAGUUACUCAAGUUACAGACACAGUGUUCUUACACCAGAACAGAAAGAUAAACUACAAAAAAAACUAUUGGCCGAUCUUUCAAUACAACUUCAACAAAAUUUACAAACCAUUCAUGGCCAACAAAUUAAUAGACAACAUUCUUUCCACACUGGAGUAAUACAUUCUCCAUCUUCAGGUGCCACUUUUGAAUCUGGGUCUGGGGGGCUUUACAAUAGCUAUGGAUCAAAUGUGAAUAAGUAUGAUACACAACAUACAACAAGUCAACUAAACUAUGGACAACAAGAAGUGGUACCAGAUACUGAAAUUGUUUCUGAAUUACAUCCAUUGCAACCACAACAAACAGCAGUUGUGGAAAAUGUAGAACCACAAGAAGUAUCUAAUUACAAUAUUGGCAUUAAGGGUUCAAGAAGGUUUAGGGUUAACACUGUUGGAUCGAACCCAAUAGCUGACACAGAAGUAGACCAACCCCAACCAGAAAUAAUUGCUCCAUCAAAUGCAAACACAGGUUCAGUUCAAGAAGUAGCUAGCUUAAAUGAAACACCACAGGAAAAUUUACCUUGGUGGAAAAGAGCUGGUAAUACAAUAAGGCAAGGAGCAAUCAAUUUAAAAGAAAAGAUUAUUGGUUAAUUAUCCGAAAGACUUAUUAUUUUAAGAAAAGUGUAGUAUAACUUAUUUUUAAUAAAAUAUUAUAUAUAAUU